AUGGGGUUCCCCUCCUUUCUUAGAGAUGAGCGGAUUGCUACCGUUGGUCUUGGUCUGGCUACUGUGGGCUUCCUCAUCGGCAUGAGAACAAUUCUAGAACAUUACCGAGAUGAAGCUGAAAUCAAACCAACGCCACCGAAGACCCAGUACAUCACCCAAGAAACUGAAGAUUCUCUCAGAUCAGAGACUUUAGAGAGCCUUCUCGGUCACUAUAACUUUGCAAUACGUGAUACGGCUUUGAAGAUAAUUGCUGGACGAGCUGUAAAUGAUGCCUCUACAAUCUAUAGCCUUCUAUGGGGCAUCACUCGAGAGGACUAUGAUGAACGUAUGGAGGCUUUGAGAGCGCUCGCUUUUGCUAUGGAGGACAAAGAAACUUACCAGGAGCCCUUCAACAUGCUCAAUACUCGAAGAGCAUACAGUGCCCUAGUAAGAUCACUAGAGCUAUCCGUUGACGAUGUAAAACAUGAAAAGCUUGACGACCCUUUGUAUGAUGAAUACUACCUUCGGGACAUUGGCGAGCGGCGCUGUCUCAUGCUGGUUUCUCAGCUAGUUCACAGAUACGGCGUUGACAAAUUAAUCGAGGCCGGUUUUGUUGCGAAGUGGCUGGCAAGGCAACCAUGGGGGGAGGGCGAGGAAGAAAGGCAGAAUAAUUUUGCCAUGUACUUGGAUCGAAGAAAGAAUCGGAUUAGUGAUAUUUGCUUCCACCUAAAAACAACCAAGGCGGGUCGCACUGCCUUACAGAAGGCAAAGUUGACUCCUAAGUCAAGGAGGUCGAAGCGGGACAGGUCGAAUCGCAUUAAAGUUGUUUUAGAAGUCGACAUGAACGAAGACGACCAAGACGAUGCGUUGCAGGCCGAACUUGUUCCUCGAGUGAAUGGCCAGAGUGCUGAAGAGCAGCGAUUACGCAGAAGACAUCGAGAGGCUAUGGUAUUGAAUGACGGGACACACUCACUGGGACGAAGCGAUAUUAUUGAGCGGGAGCACGACUCUAACAGUUAA